CAGGCAUGUGGAAAAUUUAAAAAAUAUAUCCAACGUUUGUUAGAUUUUGGAGGACUUAUACUCACAAUCAACACUUAUUUUUGAAUUCUUCAUAUAGCUGUCUGAUAGUUGAGGAAGAACAAUGAAGAGAAAAAGAGAAAAGAGUUCUCAAUCUGCAGAUACAUCAAUAGACAAUACUGGUGCGUCAUCAUCAGCAGAUACCGGCCACAAAGUAAAGAAACUGAAGAAAAAGAAAAGUGAAAUGACUCCUCUUAACUCCACCUUGGACUCAGGUUCAGCUGGUGUGUCAUCAUCAGAUACCAGACACAAAGUAAAGAAACUGAAGAAAAAGAAAACUGAAGUGACUCCUCUUGACUCUACUUUGGACUCAGAGAAUCCUAUGAAAUCUCCCAUACUGCCCAAACGAAAAAAAGUUAAGAAGGAAAAGAAGCUCAGUCAGGGAGAAAGUUCAUCAAGCGAUCAACGAGAAAGUAAAGCAAACAAUCAACAAGAGGCUGAAGGUGCCAAUCAAGAAGCAACUACAUCAAACAAUCAAGAAGCACAUGAUUCUACUCCAGAUGAAACCACAAAUGCUACAUGGACAAAUGAGGAGAAAAAUGCUUUGGUGACAUGGGUCACAGAACAACUUCCCAAGGGGGAUGAUCAGGGCUAUGUGGCUAGGAUCAACCACCUUUCCUGGGAAGACAUCAACAUAAACAACCAUACUCCUGAAGAAUGUUGUCAAAAAUUUGUUGAAAUCACUUCAAAGAUCAGGAAGAGCAGAAGUUUGUCUGAAAUCUUAAAAGAUUAUAAUGAUGACAAACAGAAGAUAGUCCGCCCAAAGUCGGCAGUAAAUUUGUUCAUCGAGAGCAAAUUAGAAAAAAUGCAACAGGAAGGUUGCAAGAUUUCAAGGAAGGAUGUGGCACAUGAACUUCAGGAGAAAUACAAAGGAAUGCCAAACAAGAAGAAAUUAAAAUGGAUAAGGAAGGCUCUUGUCGCCAAGGCACAGUUUGAUGCUGAGAUUGCAGAAAAAUGUGAAAGUGACCCAAAGUUUAAACCCCCUAAUGUCCCCGACCACAAAGCAGAUUGGAAAAUUGUAGAAGAAGUUUGUGGAAAGCCCAAAAAAACAUUGAGUGGCUACAAUUUUUUUACUACAGACAAGCUAAAUGAAGGUGUAGCUAUGUCUGAGAUAGGAAAACUAUGGAAGGAGAUGGAUGCCAAUCAACAGGCUGGUUACAGCAAAAUUGCUAAAGAGACAAACAGCGCAUAUGCAACCAAGUAUGAACAGUAUUUAGAGAUGUUACCUGAUGAUCUCAGACAGAUUGCCAGAGACAGGGACAAAAAACUUGAUCGCGAACACAUGGAAAAGAGCAAGGGAAGCCACAGGAAAGUUAAUGAAGGUGAUAGUGUUAAUGAUAAUGAUAAGGGGGAAGAUACAGUCAUCCGUAAGCCCAUCAAGUCUGUGCAUAUGUUCAUCCAGGAAAAGCUUGAUAAAUACAAGAAGAAAUAUCCAGAUAUGGAAGAUGAUGAACUGAAGCAACGUAUGGUUAAGAAAUUCAAGAGCAUGUCCCCAGAAAAACAGAAUUUAUAUCAUAAACUAGCUGAAGCAGAGAAAACAAUACAGACCAAGAAAAGGCAGCAGAAGCUGACAGAUUUCUUGGCCACACCUGGGAAGCUGAAGAGUGUUCCUAAACCCGAGGACUUCCCAGGAGAGCCGAAGAAAUACACUGGAAAUGCUUACACCUUAUUCACUAGUGAGAAGAUGGUCUCAAAAUCUGUAGCAGCUCUACAUAACAACGAACGGAUGAAACACAUUUCACUGCUUUGGAAGACAUUGUCAGAACAGGAAAAGAAAAAGUACAAGGACAAGAGUGAGCAGAGGAAGUCUGAAUAUAAUAAAGAACUGGAGGAUUUUAAAGCAGGUCUCUCUGAUAAAGAACGAGCAGACUAUGAAGCUCAUCUGAAGGAGGUAAAGGAAUAUGGUAAAUUUCGGAGGACACACAUUGCCGCCCUGAAAACCCCAAGAAAGAAAACAGCCCCACAGACGCCAUCCACUCAAUCUACCACAACUAAAGAAAUUGAAAGGAGAAGUUCAGGCAGUGGUAGCAGUUCAGGGAGUGGUAGCAGUUCAAGUGGGUCUGAUUCAGAAGAGGUUGAGGAUCAAAUGCCAAAUUUACCAGCAAAAAAUUUGGCUGCUAAAAAAGAGGCCAAAGGCAAUGCAGAUGAGAGCUCGAGUGAAUCAGGCUCGAGUGGUUCAGGCUCGAGUGGUUCAGGCUCGAGUGGUUCAGGGUCUGGUGAUGAAGACUCUGACUCUGAUGUAUCAGGCAUCGUGCCAUUGCCACUUAAACAGUCAUCCCCAAAAAAAUUAGCCCAGAAUUCUUCGCCAAAGAAAUCAGUUGGGAAUUCUUCCACAAACAUAUCAGCCAAGAAUGCUUCUUCAAAGAAACUAGUGAAAAGUCAUACAGAGAGAUCAAUAUCAAGUUGUGAUUCUGAUAUUCCUAAACCUAAGGAGUUCCCAGGAGAACCUAAGAAGUACCUAGGAAAUGCUUACAACGUAUUCACUCGUGAGAAGAUGGUCUCAAAAUCUGUAGCAGCUCUACCUAACAAUGAACGGAUGAAACACAUUUCACUGCUUUAUAAGGCAUUGUCAGAACAGGAAAAGAAAAAGUACAAGGACAAGACUGAGCAGAAGAAGGCUGAAUAUAAUAAAGAACUGGAGGAAUUUAAAGCAGGUCUGUCUGAGAAAGAGCAAGCAGACUAUGAAGCUCAUCUGAAUGAGGUGAAGGAAUAUGGUAAAUUUAAGAGGACACAUGCUGCUGCUCUGAAAACCCCAAGGAAGAAAACAGCCCCACAGACGCCAUCCACACAAACCACAACAAGGAAAGAAAUUGAAAGGAGAAGUUCAGGCAGUGGUAGCAGUUCAGGGAGUGGUAGCAGUUCAAGCGAGUCUGAUUCAGAGGAGAGUGAAAAUCCAGUGCCAAAUUUACCAGCAACAAAUUUGGCUGCCAAAAAGGAGACUGCAGAUGAGAGCUCAAGUGAUUCAGGCUCGAGUGGAUCAGGCUCGAGUGGUUCAGGCUCGAGUGAUAAAGGGUCUAGUGAUGAAGACUCUGACUCUGAUGUAUCAGGCAUUAUGCCAUUGGCACUUAAACAGUCAUCACCUAAAAAAGACGUCUCCCUGAAGAAACCAGCCCAGAAUUCUUCGCCUAAGAAAUCGUUUCAGAAUUCUUCCCCUAAGAAAUUAGCCAAAAUUGCUUCUCCGAAGAAACUGGUGAAAAGCCCCACAAAAAGACUAGUAUCAAGUUCUGAUUCUGAUAAUUCUACAGACUCUGAAUCUGAAUCAGAAGGGAGCCACUUAACAACAGGACAACCGCCAAAGAAAACUGUAAAAAAGGAUCCCCCAGAAGUUAAACGCGUGGCUCAGGUACUGUCCCCAAAGAAACCAGCACAAAAAGCGUCCAGUAGUUCUGAGGACUCAGACUCUAGUUCAUCUGGUACAUAAUAAUGGAAAAUCAUGUCACAUCAUGGCAGACCACUCAUUGUAUAUAUGUCAUUAUUUUUAUGAGAUUUUAUGAGUACAUGUACAGCAAAAUCUGUGUCAAUGGAAAACUCUUGGUGCCUCUAAUAAUUGUUCCACUUAUUGGAAGGGAUGCUGAUUACAGACGUUUAUCUAAUAAAGCCAUUGGGGUUAUGGGACUAAUUAAGUGUUCCAUUCAUAUAAAUAUUCUGCUUAUAGAUAUGUUAAACUUGACAGAUUUGACUUAUGUAUCAUUAAUGACAUAUUUAUAUGCACACAGUUUAUACAAUAGGACACAUCUUGUUUUUUGUAUGAAGUAAAAAAAAAUUGCCGCCCCAGUUUGAUUGUGAUAUUAUAACUAUUAUAUAUAGGCCUAUUUUCAAUGGUGUAUCUUAUUGAAGUGUA